CAUGGUGCUGUCGGUGCCCGUGAUCGCGCUGGGCGCCACGCUGGGCACGGCCACCAGCAUCCUGGCGCUGUGCGGGGUCACCUGCCUGUGCCGGCACAUGCACCCCAAGAAGGGGCUGCUGCAGCGCGACCGAGACCCAGACCCCGAGAAGGGGAGACCGGGCGUGCUCCGGCCGGCCCAACAGUUCAACGUUAAAAAAUCCACGGAGCCCGUCCAGCCCCGAGCUCUCCUCAAGUUCCCAGACAUCUAUGGCCCCAGGCCAGCUGUGACCGCCCCAGAAGUCAUCAACUAUGCAGACUACACGCUGAGGACCACAGAGGAGCCUGCUGCACCUGCCAGCCCCCAGGCCCCCAAUGACUGCCGCCUCAAGAGGCAGGUCACAGAGGAGCUGUUCAUCCUUCCUCAGAAUGGUGUGGUAGAGGAUGUCUGUGUCAUGGAGACCUGGAACCCAGAAAAGGCUGCCAGCUGGAACCAAGCCCCCAAACUCCACUACUGCCUGGACUAUGACCAGCAGAAGGCAGAGCUGUUUGUGACUCGUCUGGAAGCUGUGACCAGUGACCAUGACGGAGGCUGUGACUGCUACAUCCAAGGCAGUGUGGCCAACCGGAUAGGUUCUGUGGAGGCCCAGACAGCCCUGAAGAAGCGGGAGCUGCACACCAUCUGGGAGGAAGGCCUGGUGCUCCCUCUGGCGGAGGACGAGCUCCCCACAGCGACCCUGACAUUGACCUUGAGGACCUGCGACCGCUUCUCCCGCCACAGUGUGGCUGGGGAGCUCCGCUUGGGCCUGGAUGGGGUGUCGGUGCCUCUGGGGGUUGCUCAGUGGGAUGAGCUGAAGACUUCAGUUAAGGAAACUUCUGCAGGAAGCGGAGAGGUCCUUCUCUCCAUCAGCUACCUCCCGGCUGCCAACCGCCUCCUGGUGGUGCUGAUUAAGGCCAAGAACCUCCACUCUAACCAGUCCAAGGAGCUCCUGGGGAAGGAUGUCUCUGUCAAGGUGACCUUAAAGCACCAGGCUCGGAAGCUGAAGAAGAAGCAGACAAAACGAGCCAAGCAUAAGAUCAACCCCGUGUGGAAUGAGAUGAUCAUGUUUGAGCUACCCGCUGACCUGCUGCGGGCCUCCAGCGUGGAGCUGGAGGUGCUGGGCCAGGAGGAGGAAGGGCAGAGCUGCAUGCUGGGCCACUGCAGCCUGGGCCUGCAUGCCUCGGGCUCCGAGCGCAGCCACUGGGAGGAGAUGCUCAAAAACCCACGCCGGCAGAUCGCCAUGUGGCACCCGCUGCAUCUGUAGCCAGCUGCCUGGUCCACCUCUCUUCUGGGGCACAGCUCCACCCCUCCAGCCUAGCUGUCUUCUGUGACCUCCUCCUUGGGCCCCAUCCUCAUUCUGACACCCAGAAGACAGCCACGUUUGCCAAGGCCAGGACCCUAUUCUUCUCUCAUCACACUCCCGUUCUAAAAAAUAAGCAAGGCAGGGCAG